AGUCUCGGCAGUUCGGCACAAGGGCAGGACCGCAUCCCGGAGCUGCCUGAAGCAGCUAGCUCUCCAUUCAGACUUCACCGCUUCUUACUGGGUUAUUACACCAAAGAGAGUGUCUCGGAGCACUCUGCUAUCGAGGUCACUCCACAGCCUCAGCUGGACAUCGGAGUCUGAAUCGGAAGACAAGACAUCGGAGAGAGGCAGCCGACACCGCGGAGAAAGUGACGGACGGAGCGGAGCCAGAUCACCGGGAUUUUACAUCGCAUCAGUUUAGGAUAUUCCAGGCAGCUGCUUCGGUCCAGCCGUGGUUUCUUCCAGGGUACCUUCACACAAUAGUAGAUCAUAGUUCUAACAAUCGCGUGCUAUAUUUCACCCGAGGUCGCCUAUAGCGAGCAGGCGGACCACUUUAAGCCCAUGCGUAACAGCGGUGGAUGUUGGAAUACUGCGUAGCAGUUCAACCAUCACGUCUUUCGGCUGUCCGCGUUGUUAUUUGGAGAUAUCUAUAAGCGAAAAGAAGAGACACCAGGACCUUUCACUUUGUCCCGGAGGCUGAACGUUGAAAACCCGGAGUGCACUUGGUGCGCAAUCCUUCUGAGGACGCUCCUGAAAUUGCCGACCUGCGCUUUUGCCCUCGACAAAAAUUGGCAACCGAGUCGAGAAAAAAAGGCAAAGCUUAUUAACUUUGCAUGCUUGAGGCUAGAGUGUGGAAUCUAAUUCACAGGGCUGCCGGUAUAUUUGCAUACCAUUGGAAGAAGAGGAUAAACUUAAUCAACAUUUGACAUCGGCAAAGCAGCUGCUGGAUUUUGGAGAACAGAAUGAAUCCUUUUUAAUUUAGACCACAGAAGUACGAGAGGCAGAUUGCUCAGCGAAUGCUACAAUCUGCAUGGAGUUCUAGUCUGCACUACGGAGCAAUUUAUGGUUGGCCGCAUAACUCCCCCGGCUGUAGUACUGUGCCCACCUCGCCAUGCUGGCCUGUCUGCAGAGGAGGCAAAACCCUCCACCCCAGCACCCGGUGUGUGCCAGCAAGACCCUGGAGCCUCUGCAAGCCCUUGGGCGGAAAUGUGAGCUCGUGGUUCCCACACAUUCCCCACGCUAUCCCACUGCGGCAGAGCUUGAUGCCUUCGCUCAGAAGACGGCCAACAGCCCUCUUUCCAUCAAGAUCUUUCCCACCAACAUCAGGGUUCCCCAGCACAAGCACCUUAAUCGGACUGUGAAUGGAUAUGACACCACAGGGACACGCAAUAUUCCCUAUCCACAUAUCCACACAGGGGGCCACAAUGGCCUGUUGGCCAUCGUCAAGGCCUCCUGUUCGUCAUCCUCAUCAACAGCCACCUUUAUCUCUUCAAAAGGUGUUCUCAAGAACUGCGAAGGCAGACGGACUAAGCUCUCUCCUGCCCAUAUAGCUGUUGCCCCAUACCCACCCCCUAGUAGUAGCACUUUAGCCAGUGGCCACGGCCAAAUGGUAUACCACACUGGGCCCUCAAAGCCCCCAGAAGGUCCCGUACUAUCAGUUCCCCCAAAUGUCACUCUAGCUGGCUCAGUGAUUCCUGUAACAGGGGGCCGAGGCCUGGCCCUGCCUGCACAGUCCAACCUCCCCUCCAUCCAGAGCAUCAUCUACCAGAUCAACCAGCAUUGCCAGGCCCAGGCUCUGCAGCAGGUGUGCCAAGGGGCUGCCACUGCACCGUCAAAUUCCAGCCCAUCUAAGCAGGGCACAACUGUCAUGGGGCUCUCUUCUAGCUCCUCGGGUGGAGGAUACGUGGUAGGAAUGGGUCCUCAGGCUAAUAUGGUGUACACAGGGCCCGGGCUGCCGGUUCAAAAUGCAGAGGCUUUGAAGACUGGAGUGUACGCAGAUGGUAUGGACUACAUCCUUUGGCAGAAGCAACAGCAGCAGCAGCAGCAGCAGCAGCAGCAUAAUCAUCAACAGGCUAUGCUCCGCAUGUACAGCGGAGGUAGCGGAGGAGGGGGCGCCAUCAGCAAGUCCCCAGAAACUUGUGUUCCAGGGGGACUUGUGGCGGCACAAGUGUCCUCCUCUUCCUCCAGACCUUACCACCUGACAGCGAGUGCCAGCGGAGGAGGCGGGAUGGACAAAGUCAGCUCCUCCCCUUUGAACUGUGUGGGUAUGCAUGGAAAUUUCUCAGUGGGUCAAUAUUUUGCCCCGCCAUGGAACAGUGUGCUGGUGACACCUGACAGUGACUGUUACAACCCCCAGGAGCUUUUGGCCAACUCCACAGGAGGACCGGUCACGGGGCACAGAGAGAUGGGCUACCCCCACCACCAUCACCACUACCACCAUCAUCAUCACCCUGCUGUAGACAGCGGGGGAGGUUUGUGCUGCAGCCUGCCCAGCAAGAGCUUGUGCAACACAUCAGUGCUGAGCAGCAGCUUGCAGUCUCUGGAGUACCUGAUCAACGACAUCCACCCACCCUGCAUCAAGGAGCAGAUGCUUGGCAAAGGCUACGAGACUGUGUCUGUGCCACGUCUGUUAGACCACCAGCAUGCACACAUCCGCCUCCCUGUUUACAGAUAGAGUGGGAAGAAGAGGAGGAAGAGAAUCAAGAGUUGGGAAUUUGUGAAAAAAAAUCAAAGUUAAAGAACAGAUAUGUUUUUUUCUAGGUACAGAUUGUUGAAAGUGGCACUGCUUUAACUAGUGUGGGAGCUUAGAGAAGAGCAGUUGUGCUGUGUGACCCUUGGUUUGGUGGUUUCAAGGCGGGGAAUCACAAAUAUAAAAGGUGGUAGUGAUUGCCAACGGGAAAGAAAAAGGGAUUUCAAGAUUCUCCAGAUGUUCCAUCGUGUGGUUUGCCAUUAAUAGGAAUUUUGGAUUGAUUAAUUUUUUCUUCCGUUUUUUUGUUGUUUUACUCGCCUGAACUUUUUGAUUAGAAUCAUAGCUUGACAUGAAGUGCAUAUGGUAUCCCCCUUCCAAAUACUAAGGCUGAAGCUACUGUGUAGGUUUUCACUGAAAGGGUCUUAAAAGGGCCAAAGCUUAGGGCUGCUUUCAAAAUCCCAAACUAUGUAACAGUACACAUAUAAAACACACACAUAGACAAGCGCAUACAGAGACACAAUGUACUGAUAUGUGAGGAGACUUAAAUUAUACUUGGGUGUGUAUGUACAAGGAUCAUAGGGUUGAAUUAAAAGAAUAGUACAAUAUUAGUUGUUAUUGCUGUUAUAAUUGAUACAUAAAUUGCACUGCUUGAAUCUUGUUAACUUUGAAGUUUGGAAUUGGGUAGUUUGGAUAUGAUAUAUUUAAGAAACUUGAAAAACUUGAACCUAUUUUUUUGUUUUAUAUAUUUGUAGGUAUAUUUUAUGCAUUGGCUGCUAUGGGGGAAAGUGUCUCGAAUGCUUUUUUUAAUUUAAACCUUUUUUUUUUUUUGAUUUGAUAAUUCCUCCUCAAGCUAAUGUGCAGUUUAUGUCCUGAUGUGAGGCAUAGUCGCUGCUUCGGUUCUGUAAGAACCUGGUCAGAGAGCUCUUUUUUCCUAACCAACACUGGAAUCUACAAUACAUCUUGAAAUACUUAUUUAAAAAAGAAAAUGUCGCAAAAAAACAUGAUAAAGAAAUGUUACAAUGAAGAAUGUGAUUGGGAGGUUAUUAACAUAACCUCACGUGUAUGUUUAUGCGUGUAUGUGGCUGAGUGCAUGCGCGUGUGUGCAUUUUAGUUUGUGUUUCUCAAAAUCCUCAGACUUUUUUUUAACUGUGUCACUAUAAGAUUUCAACCAACAAGACUGAAAAACUGAUUCCCCAGUCCCAUGAACCAUAUCUACUAUCUCUAGUAAUCUACAGGAGAUAUUUUGCAAAUCUCGCUCCCUUUUAUCAGAGGCUUUAGAUAUUCUCUGGAGCUCGAGUAUAGAGCUCAAGAUCCCACAUGACUCCUUUCUUGCUGUAGUUACUGUGCUACAUCCCUUACUGCUGUCAAAUGUUUAUCAUGAUGACAGAAAGAGGUGGGAACAAAUCAAAGUUCUGUUUGGGGGUACUAGUCACCCCUGAUACUGCAAACAAAUACAAUAUGGAAACAAUCAUGCUCUGGCAUCAGAUGAAAUGAGACAAGGCUCACUGCUUUCCCUUGUCCGUUUCAGCCCCUGGUUGGGAUACAUUUAGCCCGGGCCAGUCUUAACUUGAUGAUUCAGAGCAGUGAAAUAUUUAUUAUGACUGUGAGAUUCCCUUGAAUGUACUGCACUUAAAUUACUGCAAUGUUUUAUUGCCUUGUGAGACUCGAGUGAAAGAGAAAAAUUGGAUCAGUGCAGCAGUCCUCUGGUCUUAAAUUAGCAUUUCUUUUGUCCGUCAAAUUUCAAUGCUAAAUUGAAUUUCGCAACUGGAGAGAGGGAGUCUGAGCUUUGUUAUGGGGAAAUACUGGCAUCAGUCUAGAUUUAUAAAGUGCAAUUAUUAUGACUGUAUUAACAUUUUUCUCUGAGCUUACACCAAAAAAAUGUAAACUACAGUUGUCAAUACAUUCCCAAUGUACCACCUCCCUAAUCCCUAUCCCUUUUUGUUUUGAGGUGUAAAAUAAAUUUCUUUAAGAAUAUAUUCAGAAGCCACAUCUUGGCUUUGAAGUCUGUCAUUAUUUUUUAACGUAUGUCCUCUAGAAGUCAGUAGGAAAUGUGGCCCUUGUUUCAGCAGCAGCUCUGUGAGAUCCAGAGCGGAGCGUGAAGUGUGAUGUAGAUCCUUUACUGUACUGUAGACUACUGCCAUUGAGAAAACACACAUCGUUUUUUAAAUGUGAAUACUUUGGCCACCCAAAGAUAAAGGACAGACAGCAUUGUUGUAAAAAUAAAGGAUUUACACAAUGAUAUUGAAGACAAAGGAGAAAUUUAUGUUUCUUUGAUCACCUGUUUUCCCCUGAAGAUAACCCUUGCUUAAUCUCAAAUAUGAGCCUUACAUUUUGAGCUAAUGGUGUUUAGACACGCUACUGUCUUUGAAUUCUGACACAGAUUUCAGUGGAGAGAAUACCAAGCCCCUUGGCUUAAAUUUGCACAGUAAGCCUCCUUAACAUUCCAGUGAAAAUUGUUCAUGUUGUUUCAACAGCUUAAUAUCCCAGCCACACUGUGAUUCAAGCAUAUUUUCUGUCUUGUAGAAAUAUUUUGACAGAUUUACAGAUACAUCCCGUCCCUAAAUCCCCUCCGUUUGGCUUCUGCAUCCGAGCAUUAAACCCUGUCACAUGAUGUUGAAGUGAAGAGGAGACACUUGAGGCAGUGGAGCUUCUGGUGUCUGGCCUUUCCCACCAGGGCAGGUCUGAGGCACCAGGCCGUUCUGCUAAUGGGAAUACUGGGUGACACCUGGCUUCUGGAUACUGCCAGUAGAAAGUAUUCAUUCACUCAAAGGGUUAAAAUCAAACCCUUUUUAAAUAGCAAUGGGUUUCCUAUUAGAUACUGCGAGGAAUCUGUCCAUUUUUAACCAGGUUUAACUGAAUGAAACACAAAAUAAAGCAUUUUUUUAAUCUAUCAGUAGAAAUAUUUCAGCAUUCACAUGUUUUAUAUGAUAUAAGGUGGCAUUUAAAUACUUUACCAUCUGUGCUUAGUUGACACAUGUUCUACUGUACCGGCUCCAAACGGUCUGUCUCCCUGGUCCUUCACACACAUUAAUGAGCGCCUAUUGAUGGGAUGCAUCUUAGUCCUGAAACUCUGGUCCAUUCCACAAUUCCUGAUUUGGACAAUGGACGCUUAGCCCAUGUUAGGAUAAUAGAAUUAAAUUUCAAAUAGAUUUGUGCCUGAGCUGAUCCAUGCACAGCUCAGUCAGCUGCAGAGGCAGAGUGGCAUAUGGCAUGUCAUUAUCUAAGCCCACCCUCCCCCUGUCCAGGGCCAACAGGGUUCAGCAGUGCUUAAACAAACUGAAGGUUAGGACUGGCUGGCUGGCGUUGAAGGCGAGGACAGUGGGGUUUAAAAAAAAAGGGGAGGGCGUUGCUAAAUCACAGCCUCCACAGCGUCUCAGAGGGCCUCAGCACCGCACCAUGGCGCCUGGGCUCAGAGGCCUGCUUUAAAAAGCUGGGCUGUGUUUGAUCGAGGGGAUUUGUUUUCUGCUGGAUUAUACAUGGUUGCUCCCUGCCUGGCUGAGGGGCCCUGUGCAAUGUGACAGAUCUAAGCAAAAGAAAGAAAGAGGGAGAGAGAUACAGGGAGGGAUUUGGGGUCAGAGGAGCCUCGAAGCAUCAGUAAUCAGGAUAAUUGCCAUGUUCCCGGUGCUGGUUUCAGCCUCCCCUCUUUGGCUCUGCUGCCUCAUAUUCAGAUUCAAGCUCUGAGGACAUCACUUUCUUCACUGAAAGAUUUUUAUUGUGCCUCAAUUUACUAAAAUCUUGGAAGGGAAAUCUUCACUUAGGAGACCUUUUUUACUUGGAAAAAUAUUCAAAGUAUUAUCACCCAGGAAAGGAUAGAUAACACCAAUCAAACACCAUAUAACGAGGAGAUUUAGAUCUAUAACUUAUCUCUGUGGCUAUAGGCUAUCGACUGUUGGCACGUGAUCAAGGGUGAUGAGACGCUCUCUGGGAUGGCCUGAGGGCAAAGUGGAGGGGAAUUGACGUAUGCUGCUUGUAAAAAUCCCUUAGUAAAUCCCAAUAAGUCCAUGAAGAUCUUUACCCAGUGCAAAGGUCUGGUCGCAUAUUAUGCACCUCAGAUAUUCCUGAGAAGGAAGCAGCCCGGACGGACCGUUCAAAACAGGGUCAGCUCUUUCACUGUCAAAGCAGAAGAGACGGGAGGGACAGAGAAAAUAAAGGCAGCUGCUCGCUCUGUAGAGUCUUGGCGCUGCUUCUCGCACCUACAGAUGACAGAGGGGAGUGGGCAGGGGGGUGACGUCCCCUCCACACCACUUUAGUCCUGUCCCCUGGCUGCCCUUGGGCCCCUGGGGCUCUCAUCUCAGAGUCUUUCCCAGCAUCCCUCCUCAACGUCUGCAAAAGAUAAAGUCAUGAUACCAGGCAUCUCUAUUUGGCUCCUACCUAGCAAGAACAUACUUUAAUCAAUAAAAGAUGGUGCUGAGGAGGCUUGUAUAGUUAACCCACCAGCCUUAUAGCUGUAUAUUGCACAAUAUCAUUAAGAGAUUUGUUGUGUUUUUCUACAGACUUACAACCCAUUGCCAUCUCUAUAGUGCUACUGGAUGAAACUGGAUGGACAAUUAUGUUUACAUUUAGUUUCAAGCAUUUAUUAAAUACCAUUAAAAUCAGCUCAGAUCACAAAAUAAAUCAGGAUCUUUUUCUCAAGGCACAGUCCCAGAGCCCUUUUCUAAAAAGCAAUGCAGCAGGUCGUAAUUCCAGGAGCUUACAGCUUUUUAUUUCUUUAGCGUCACAACUAUGUAUGUUCAGCUGAAAAAGCUUAUGGCCUCCAAAUAUUCAUCUAGUUUAUGUGCUGUAUCCAAUCUAAACACAAAAGUCUGGGGAUUUUUUUUUUUUUUUCCUUUUCCUGUUUGUGUGGCUCUCCGAAUGUUCCUGUGGACAAACAGGGCUGUUUUCCCCAAAUGAUCUCAAAUGCACCAAUGCUGCCAAAGUCUGAGGGUGCCGCAACCUUGAGAAAAUAAUAUAUAUGGAAAUGGGAAAUCUAUUAAGCAUCUCUCUUAUUGUUCUCCCUGCAGUCUUGUAUUUAUGUUUAAAAAAUGAUGUUGUCUCCUCAGGAUGAAAAAAUGUAAAGAGUAACUUGCUUUUUGGAAAAUGACAAUAUAUGAGUCUUAGAUUUCGAAACAAGAAGUCUGAAUAUAAAAAAAGCUGUAAAAUCCUUUAGUCGUGGGGUUUUCAACUUUUGAAUGUGCCUACAGUCAAGCAUCCCAGUGAUUGCUUACCUUCUGCCCCCCUCCAGUUUUGCAAUCUCCCUAUAAUCUCCCACAACCAUCAUCUUCAAUUUGCUGAAACUGCCAUUGUCCCCCCUCCAUCCCAAUGACCACAGUAGAUAUUUUGUCUGUUCCCUGCUUUUUGUCAA